AAAUAAGGAGCAAUAAUGGUAGUCCAUACUUUCAUUUUCUUGCUGUAUAUUACAUGGAGACCAAUCAAAAGGAAAAUUUCUCUCUCUAUAAAUCUGCAUGCAGUAAUCCAAAUUCAAAGCACUGUGAUGGUGUUUCAUGCCUGUCAUUGUUUUUGGAUGUUUCUGACUAUUGUUUAUUGUAGCUAUAAAUCCUUGCUAUGCCUGUGCAUGCAGGUUGACAGUUUACUUGGUGCUCGUGGGGGUGCUUUUGAGCACGAGGCAACUAGAAGAAUGCGGAAUGAGUUUAUGGCAGCUUGGGAUGGACUAAGGUCAAAAGACAGCCAGAGAAUCCUUAUCCUUGGUGCCACGAAUAGACCAUUUGAUCUCGACGAUGCUGUCAUUCGACGCCUACCAAGAAGGAUUUAUGUGGACCUACCAGAUGCUGAAAAUCGUCUGAAGAUACUAAAAAUAAUACUUGCUCAAGAAAAUCUGGAAUCUGAAUUUUCUUUUGACCAACUAGCAAAUGCUACCGAGGGUUAUUCGGGGAGUGAUUUAAAGAACCUUUGCGUUGCUGCAGCAUAUAGACCUGUCCAGGAAUUGCUAGAAAAAGAAAGUGAGGGUGAGGGUAAUGGAGCUCCAGUGUUAAGACCGCUGAAUUUGGAAGAUUUUGUACAAUCUAAAGCCAAGGUGGGGCCAUCAGUUGCAUAUGAUGCAGCUAGCAUGAACGAGCUGCGGAAAUGGAAUGAACAGUAUGGUGAAGGAGGAAGCCGUAGAAAGUCGCCAUUCGGUUUUUGAAAUUAAUAGUUAUUCUAUAUUUCGACAAGAGAAGUUUAAACCUCUGAAAUUUUGUAUUUGUAAGGUAGAAUCUCGCUUUUUUUGCCCUUUCAAUUUAAUGGGUUACCACUUUUUUAGGGGUUCGUAAUGGGCGCGGGGGCAUAGGCGAAUAGGCUAUUAUACAGCUAUAUAUUAGUAGUUCUACCGAUAACAGCCUUUUUUUUGCGAAAUUGUAAAUGAUUACUGUGCUUAUUACACUGUUAUCCACUUUGUGUUACUUUAGUUAAUUCUUAGUUUUCUGAAGAUAAUGGUCGAUAUCA